UCACGAGUCAGUCAACAGACAAUUUAAAUUUCCCAAACAGAAAAACCCUAGAACCCGUAAUUUGUUUGUUUGAUCGAUCUCACACAGCCAUGGGUAACACAGAGAAAUUGCUAAAUCAAAUCAUGGAUUUGAAGUUCACAGCGAAAUCACUGCAAAGACAAGCGAGAAAAUGCGAGAAAGAAGAGAAAUCGGAGAAAUUAAAGGUGAAAAAGGCGAUAGAAAAAGGGAACAUGGAUGGAGCACGGAUCUAUGCAGAGAAUGCAAUUCGUAAAAGGACUGAGCAGAUGAAUUAUUUAAGGCUCGCUUCUAGGCUUGAUGCUGUUGUUGCUAGGCUUGAUACACAGGCCAAAAUGACCACUAUUAAUAAAUCUAUGGCUUCUAUUGUUAAAUCUCUCGAGUCCACUCUUGCUACUGGCAAUUUACAGAAGAUGUCAGAGACAAUGGAUCAAUUUGAGAAGCAGUUUGUAAACAUGGAGGUCCAGGCAGAGUUUAUGGAGAAUGCAAUGGCUGGAUCCACCUCAUUAUCCACACCUGAGGGUGAGGUCAAUAGCUUGAUGCAACAAGUAGCUGAUGACUAUGGAUUGGAGGUCUCUGUGGGACUCCCACAGCCUGCUGCUCAUGCAGUUGCAACCAAGUCGCAGGAGAAGGUUGAUGAGGAUGAUCUGUCGAGGCGUCUUGCAGAGCUAAAGGCCAGGGGGUAAAUAAAGUAUAUAACAGGAGCUGGUCUUAUGUCUGCGGGAUACGAUUUUAUCUACAUGGGAUGUGUUUCAUGCCCAGAACUUGAUUUGUAAAUUUGGAAAAAUUGUUAUUAAAGUUAUGCUGACUCCGCUUGUUGGUUAUGGAUGGUAAUGCUUAAUUGAGUAAUGAAUUGCUUAUAUCA